CUUUCCUUUGCCCCUUUUCCCCUCAGGGCAGAAGGAGGAUGGUGCACGCCGAGGCCUUCUCGAGGCCCCUGAGCCGCAACGAGGUGGUGGGGCUGAUCUUCCGCCUCACCAUCUUCGGGGCUGUCACCUACUUCACCAUCAAAUGGAUGGUGGAUGCCAUUGACCCCACCAGGAAGCAGAAGGUGGAAGCUCAGAAGCAGGCCGAAAAGCUGAUGAAGCAGAUAGGAGUGAAGAAUGUGAAGCUGACUGAGUAUGAGAUGAGCAUUGCUGCCCACCUGGUGGACCCUCUCAGCAUGCAUGUGACCUGGAGUGAUAUUGCAGGUUUAGAUGAUGUCAUCACAGAUUUGAAAGACACUGUCAUUCUGCCCAUCAAGAAGAAAUAUUUGUUUGAGAAUUCCAGGCUCUUACAGCCCCCAAAAGGAGUUCUUCUCUAUGGCCCCCCUGGUUGUGGGAAGACCCUGAUUGCCAAAGCCACUGCCAAGGAAGCUGGGUGCAGGUUCAUCAACCUGCAGCCCUCCACGCUGACAGAUAAAUGGUAUGGAGAAUCCCAAAAGCUGGCUGCUGCUGUCUUCUCCCUGGCCAUAAAGCUCCAGCCAUCCAUCAUUUUUAUUGAUGAAAUAGAUUCCUUCCUGAGGAACCGAUCCAGCACCGACCACGAGGCCACGGCCAUGAUGAAAGCCCAGUUCAUGAGCCUGUGGGAUGGGCUGGACACUGACUACAACUGCCAGGUGAUUGUCAUGGGGGCCACCAACAGGCCCCAGGACCUGGACUCUGCCAUCAUGAGGAGGAUGCCCACCCGCUUCCACAUCAACCAGCCUGCUCUGAAGCAAAGAGAGGCCAUCCUGAAGCUGAUUUUGAAGAAUGAAAAUGUGAGUAGCUCCUGGCUGCAUGGCUGCCCCCAGUGCAGCCCUGGCCCUGCACAAGGUGUGGUUUGUGAGGUGAUGUGCCAGGGCCCUGUGCUGAGAACUUGGGAAUCCUUUGUGGCUUUAGGUGUGGCUGCCAUUAAAGGCCUGCAUGGGCUCCUUUGUGAGCAGGAGCCUUGGCUUGUGUGAAUCACCCCCUCUGAGCAGUGACUCCAGUUCUGGCUCCAUUUGCUUGUU